AUGAGUGAGAAGGAACACCUUUCCGUGGUGUUUGCUGGUCAUGUCGACAGCGGUAAGAGCACCACGGUGGGCCGCUUGAUCUUCGAGCUGGGUGGUCUUCCUGAACGUGAGAUGGAGAAGCUGAAGGCCGAGGCUGAAAGGUUGGGGAAGGGGACUUUCGCGUUCGCCUUUUACCUGGACCGCCAGAAAGAGGAGCGAGAGCGGGGCGUGACCAUCUCGUGCACCGGCAAGGAGUUCUUCACCGAGAAGUUUCACUACACCGUCAUCGACGCCCCUGGCCACCGGGACUUCAUCAAGAACCUCGUGAAAGGCUCUUCCAUCGCAGAUGCGGCAAUCCUCAUCGUGCCAGCCGACGGCAACUUCACCACCGCCAUUGCAAGGGGCGACCCCAGGACUGGUGAGGUGCAGGGCCAGACCCGCCAUCACGCUCGUUUGCUUAACCUCAUUGGCGUGAAGCAGCUUUGCAUCUGCGUGAACAAGAUGGACUCCGACACCGCCGGCUACGGCCAGGCCAGGUAUGAGGAGAUCUCCGUCGAGAUGAAGCGCAUGCUGACGAGGGUGGGCUGGAAGAGGCCCUUUGUUGAUAAAGGCGUUCCAGUGAUUCCGCUCUCAGGCUGGAAGGGUGACAACUUGAUUGCAAAGUCUGGGAACAUGGGAUGGUGGAAUGGUCAAGAUGUGAUGCGUGGGAAGGAGAAGCUUCACGUGGAGACCCUCUACGAAGUGCUUGACAAGUUCUUCAACGUUCCUGCACGCAACGAGAAGGCACCCAUGCGCCUGCCCGUCGAGCACGUCUUCCAGAUCAAGGGCGUGGGUUCGGUAAUUUCUGGACGAGUUGAGCAAGGAGUUGUGAAACCCGGUGAGGACGUGGUCUUUCUUCCCUCCGGGGCCUCUGGCAAAGUCUUCACCGUGGAGAUGCACCAUUCGAGGGCCGAGGCGGGAAACCCAGGUGAUGUGAUUGGCGUGAACGUCAAGGGCCUGGAGAAGAGCAAUAUGCCCAGAGCCGGAGACGUCAUGAUCUACAAGAGUGACACCACCCUAAAAGUGGUGAGAGAAUUCGAGGCCCAGGUCCAGACGCUGGAUCUGCCCGGAAAGGACCAGGGAGCCAAGAAGCCGGGCUGGGCCCCAAUUGGCAUUGUGAGGACUGGCCAGGCGCCGUGCUCCCUGAAGGCAAUCACGUGGAAGAUGGGCAAGGAGACCAACGGGAAGAAGGCGGAGAGCCCGGCUGAUGUGAAGGCCGGCCAGGUGGCGCAGUGCACCUUCUCGCUCAAGAAGCCCAUGGUCAUCGACACCUUCAAGAACUGCGAGGGCCUGUCCCGCAUCGCCUUCUUCGAGGCCAACAACGUCAUGAUGCUGGGCAAGGUUGUCAGCGUCGGAGACCAGUCUGGCGCGGAGGUCAUGGCUGCCUUCAAGAAGUUUGACAAGGAUGGCAACGGCCGUAUCAGCAAAGCAGAGCUGUCGACCGUCCUCAAGAAGCUGAACCCAACGUGGAAUGAGAAGGAGCUCGAUAGCCUCAUGGCGAAUGCAGACAAAAACGACGACGGAUCACUUCAGGUCAGUGAGUUUGUGGACUGGCUCUUCGGAUCAGGCCUGAAGGCCUGA